AGUGUCAACAUUCAGAACUAUUUGGAAGUCCCAUCGUACACUAGAUGCGAUUGGACAAUUUUUAUAUUUGUUAGCCGACUCGCUAUUGGACAAAUUGUCGAUACAUUUCCUACAUGUGACUGUUACGUCAUCGGCUACUGAAACGAAGGGAAAGGAAGAUGGAAGAAGGAGGGCUCGUAUUGAAAGUUACCGACACUUUUAAACGCUUCUCGAGAAUGGGGAAUGUGGAAAGUACGACGAAUAAAAGCGACGUCCAGUUGCGGACGAAACACGACCAGAUUAAAAUGCCGAUGCCAGAGAGAAGCGAAUUGGAAAGGAGAUUCACUAAAGUUCUGGCAUCAAUGGAUCUUCCUCCAGAUAAAGCAAAGCUAUUAAAACAAUAUGAUGAUGUAAAGAAAUGGGAUAUGAUAUGUGAUCAGGAAAAAGUGAUAGCUAAGGAAUCUCCAGCAUUCUAUUUACGCAAACUAAAGACAUAUCUGGAUCCUCGUGCUUCGAGGAGUGCGAGAAAAAGAAAAAUGCUAGGAGAUUCAACAUCAACGCAGGUGCUUAGAGACUUGGAAAUAUCUCUUCGUACAAAUAAUAUAGAAUGGGUUCGUGAGUUUCUUAAUGAAGAUAACAAAGGGUUGGAUGUUUUAGUAGAUUAUUUAUCAUUUCGAUUAAUUAUUAUGAGACAUGAGUAUUUACCUUUAAAUAAUUUUGGUGAAAAUAAUGUCCCUAAUGGUAGUAUUAGUGGAAGUUCACACCGUCCUUUAUUAGAUCUUGAUACACCAAAAAUGAGAAGAGCUUCUAAACAUAUUGCUAAAUUGAAUAUGGGAGAAGCAAAAGAUGAUAUUCAUGUUUGCAUUAUGUGUUUACGUGCCAUAAUGAAUAAUAAGUAUGGCUUCAAUAUGGUGAUUGAACAUACGCAAGCAAUUAAUUGCAUAGCACUAAGUUUGAAUCACAAAAGUUUAAGAACAAAAGCUUUAGCUUUAGAAUUGCUAGCAGCCAUUUGUUUAGUUAAAGGUGGUCAUCAAAUUAUAUUAAAUGCAUUUGAUAAUUUCAAAGAAGUUUGUGCAGAAAGAAGACGAUUUGAAACUUUAAUGGAAUACUUCAUGAACUAUGAAGUUUUUAACAUUGAUUUUAUGGUUGCAUGUAUGCAGUUUAUCAACAUUGUUGUACAUUCUGUGGAGGAUAUGAAUUUUAGGGUUCAUCUUCAAUUUGAAUUCACUCAUCUUGGUUUAGAUGAUUAUUUAGAUAAACUUCGUCAGACAGAGAGCGAAGAAUUGCAGGUACAAAUAUCAGCGUACUUGGAUAAUGUUUUUGAUGUUGCAGCAUUAAUGGAGGAUUCUGAAACAAAGAGUGCCGCACUUGAACAAGUUGCUGAAUUAGAAGAACAAUUAUCAAGGGCGCAUGAAAGAAUGCAAGAUGUUGAAAAUGAAAUGAUGGCUAAACUAGUUGAGUUGGAAACUCAGUUAGAAAUAGCCAUAAGAGAAAAAACAGAAUUACAGGAAUUACAUAAACAAGCAGAUGAGGAAUUAAAUACACUAAGAAGAGCAGUUUCUCAGAAAGAAGAAGAAUCGAGACAGAGGCAAAGUCUAUUAGAAAAUAAAAUUCAAGAACUUGAAAUUUUACAUCAAUCAUUACCAAAAGGAAGUACCAUGGCCAGCAUAGGACAAAUGUCAUCUGUCAGUACAGUUGCAGCACCGCCGCCACCUCCACCUCCUCCACCUCCACCACCACCUCCAGUAUCUGUGGCUCCACCUCCACCUCCACCUCCCAUUAUGAAUCCAAAGGGUCCACCUUGUCCACCUCCAAUGGUUGGUUUAUUACAAGCACCACCAGAAGCAAUGACAAUCAAGAAAAAAUUCCAAACUAAAUAUAAAUUGCCAACUCUUAACUGGAUAGCACUUAAACCUAACCAGGUCAAGGGAACAAUAUUUAACGAAUUAGAUGAAGAUAAAUUGUUUAAUAUAAUAGAUUUUAAUGAAUUUGAAGAGCAGUUCAAACUUGGUCUUCAAGGAGCGCUUCCUGACAGAAAUGAUGAAAUUAACAGUAGUAAACGUUUUAAGGUUCCAGAGAAAGUAACAUUAUUAGAACACAACAGACUAAGGAAUAUGGCAAUAUCCAGGCGGAAAGUUGAGCUAUCAUCUGAUUUGGUUGUAAAAGCAAUCAAUGCUUUGGAUUUGAAAACGUUAACUCAGGAAUAUGUAGAAAUAUUGUUAAGGAUGAUUCCAACUGAUGCAGAGACUAAAGCUUAUCGAGAAUACGAAAGAGAGAGGAAACCAAUCAAUGCUUUAACAGAUGAAGAUAAAUUUUUACUUCAGAUGACAAAAGUUGAAAGGCUUCCACAGAAAUUAAACAUUAUGAGUUAUAUAGCAAAUUUCUCUGAGAAUAUUCAGUUGAUAACACCGCAAGUUCAUGCUUUAACUGCUGCUUCAAGAUCCAUCAAGAAUUCUAGAAGAAUUAGGAAAUUGUUGGAAGUAAUUUUAGCAUUUGGAAACUAUAUGAAUAGUGCUAAACGAGGUCCUGCAUAUGGUUUCAAGUUGCAAAGUUUAGAUAUGCUCGCAGAUACUAAAUCGGCAGAUAGGAAAAUUUCCCUUCUACAUUACAUUGUAGAUACGAUACAUCGGAAAUUUCCAGAUGUUGCAAGCUUUGAUUCAGAACUUAGAUUUGUGGAGAAAGCAUCAUCUGUUUCAUUAGAAAAUGUUCUGACAGAUGUUCAAGAAUUAGAGAAAGGAAUGGAUCUUUGUAAAAAGGAAAUGACUCUUCGUGGCGAUGCCAAAGAUGCAGCAGUGUUACGAGAAUUUAUAUCCACAUCAGAAGAAAAAUUGAGAAAGCUCAAAGCAGAUACUAAAAUUGCACAGGAAGCCUAUUCAGACUGUGUUGAAUACUUUGGAGAAAGUGCGAGAACGCUUGCAGCAAAUACUUUCUUUGCUGUAUUUGUUCGUUUUAAUAAAGCAUUUAAUCAAGCUGCUCAAGAAAAUGAACAUAGAAGAAAAUUACAAGAAGCAGCAGCGAGAGAAGCUCAAAGAAACCCUUCAGAACAGACAGAAAAGAAAAAUUUAUUAAAUUCUAGGAAAAAUACACAAGAGGCUGUUAUUAAUGAACUAAGAAACAAAGCUCGUCAGGUUAAAGAGAAGAGACUCCUUAAACAAGAUGAAGUAUACAAUGGAGCAUUAGAGGAUAUUUUGUUGGGCCUCAAAAACGAACCUUAUAGAAGAGCGGAUGCCGUCCGUAGGAGUCAGAGAAGAAAGCAAGAAAAUGUGAGACUGUCACGAGGAAUGGAUGACUUUGAUCUAUAGAACUGUGAAAUAUUGGAUUACAAAGAUUUUCAAAAAACAACGUGCAAUGAAAAUAUAGACAUGGUCUGUACUGUAAAAAGUCUUGGCACCUGUAAGAUUUAUUACGUUGUUUUUUGUAACAAAAAAUUACGCCGUGCACAAAUUGUGCCUUUUAUUAGGCCCUGCAUCCAUAGGCAGAUUUUGGCCUUACCUAGAAAGUGCGUCUUGCACUCCGUGCCUUGAACUUACCCAUCCUUUUUACUCUUUAUCCAUGUACUGACAUGAAAAUAGAAAAUUGCAUGGAGUGAACGAGCAAUGAGGUUUGCAGUGUUGUACAGUGUUUGCAUAGCUUGACCACAAAUUUAAUUGUUAGACUCGGCAAGUUGCUUCUGUUGUGUGUUUGUGUGUUGACUAUUAUCUGAGACAAAUACAGACUACUAUUUUUCCUCUACGGAAUGUAUGCAUAUCAUGUUUACUGCAGCAUAAAUAUAUAGAUUUGGCUGCCGUUUGGAAUGAUAACAAUGCAUUUAUCUGUUACAGAGCCAACAAUCUUAAGAAAAUUAUGGAAAUUAUAUUCGAAUGUCUAUUUUGACUCCUCUUUGAUAAAGAUCAAUUAAAUGUUUAUCUGCUUGCUACAGACGUUUGGAAAAAGGAUCAAAUUAUUCAAAUAUCAAAGCAUUGUUAAUAAUUUUAAAAUUGUUAAGAGUGAGAUUUUAUCCAAAUCAAUAGAUAAAAUAAAACGAUCUCAUCAGUAUCUGAACAAAGAAAUCUGAAAAACUAGUUAAUCAUUAUCAUUGUUACUAUUGAAAAUCAUGUUAUUUAAUGUAGAAGACAUCAAAAGCAACAAAUCAAUAUAACAAGAACUGCAAAUUACAGAUUUUAUCAUGUAUACAUUUUAAUAUUUUACACAAACAGUUAUAUUGAUAUCUAACAUCAUACAAAAAGAAUUUGUAUAGAUUUUGUUUUGAAAUUAAGAAUUUUUGGAGACAGUAGAACAAAUAAUGUCAAUAUUUAAAUUAGUUAUUAAUUUUGCACCAUGGACAUGGUAUUUAAAUAAACCAGACUUCAGAGAAGUUCAUCAUCAGCAAUAAAAAUUUUAUGUAUUUUCAUAUGCCGUAUUUUGAAGGAUGAUUCGAAACUUAGCAGCAGUUUGAGCUGUAGCAUUUUUUAUGCUUUGUGUAAAUUACACUGAUUUUUAUUCACAUAGAUAUAAAUAAUUGUAAAAGAAAAAGUAUAUAUGCUUGAAAAUAAUUCAUUAUCCAUCCAGAAUAUUUGAUAAAAAUGUUUGAUAUGAUUUUAUAAGAACUUCAGUGCAAUAAUUUAUUUUUUGAAUGGUAACUAACUAUUCAAAGUAGAAAAAUUGUCCAUGUUUCCUUGUCUUUUAAGAAAUUUGAGUUUGAGAAUAAUUUUUCUUUAUUUUCUACUUUACAUGGAUACAAUACAACAUUCGACAAGUUUUUUUUUUUUUUUUUUAAUGUGAAAAGUCAUUUCAAACAUUUUUAAGAUGUCCAUGAUAAUUCUAUUUUAUCACUUUAUAUAUGCUAUAAAUUGCAAUUUGUUAUGGAUAUACAGCAAUUCAGUUUAUUGAAAUGUAAAAAAAGAAAUAGAUGUCGAUCAUGUACAAAAUUACAUUUCUACUUGUGCCUAUCAGGAAACUGAAGGGGACCAAUUCAUAUGCCACAUAAUAACAAAAUGAGUUAGUGAAUCUUUCACAAGCAGUGCGGCGUUUUUUUCAGUGCCAGAUUUAUUUAUGUACGUGACAAUCAAUUGUCAUUUCUGGUAAAAUAUUUUUGUAGGCCUUCUUAAGCUUAUAAUGUUUUAUAUAUAAUUUGUUGAAUUUUAUACUGUAUAUUUCCCUGUGAAAUUUGUCAUUGUAAAUCAGUUCAUGAUUAAAUAAAUCACUUGUGUUCUUUUA